AUGGCUACAGGGUACGAGAUUGUCAGGAGGGCAUAUACUUGUGCUGUAAAUUUGUCAUCCAACAAGGUGAUUGGUCUUUGCAUAAUUGUGAACUGGUGUGGUGAGCCUCCCCUUCGUUGCUCUGGUUUACCAACGGCAGUCAUAUCUUCUGAGUUUGCUUUGCUUGGUUUGUACAGACAGAUUAAUAAUUUUUUAGAGCUACUUGCUGAACUUCACCUUGUAUCUCCUCUGAACUUUCUGUUUAGCUCUCUAUUCAGAAAUCGAUUGUGGAGUAAAUGCCCAGAACUGUAUGAGUUUAUGAGCUUUCCCCCUGCAUGCCAAUGA